AUGGAGCAACAACAACCACUUAAACAAUAUCACACUCUUACUAGAAAUCCCUCAAGAAGGUUCACAAGAAAUUACAUUCAACAUAGAACGAAUGCUCGUAAUGUUGAUGGCCACCAUAUUUUUCUUUUAAACAACAUCAAUCAAAUCAACAAGGUUCAGGCUAGUAGAACAAAUGUGGAAACAAACCAAAGACAACAGUUUUAUUCCGAGCUUGGAAGAAUCGAAAUCGAAGAAGGAAUGAAGUCUAAGGCUAUGGUGGAGUGUUCUGUCUGCCUUGUGGAGCUUUCGGUUGGGUCGAAAGAAAUUCGAUUGUCUUGUUCACAUGUCUAA